CUACUGGUAAGUAACUAGCAUUGCAUGUGGUGUGCUUGCUCUGUGUUGGCCUGCAUGUGGAUUGAAGAUUAAGAUUGCCUCAGACAUGUGGCAUCAUUUUUGAGGAAUCUCACUCAGAGGAAAUCAGGCUUGUUUCUGAAAGUUUUUCUUCUUAAUUUUAUAUUUAUAUAUUUUCUACAUUUAUAGGUCAUGUUCCAUGCUUACAUGCACAAGAAAAGGACAAGCAAGCAUGAAGUGCAUUAAAAUGUCAAAGUCACCUGAAGAUUCUGGUAGUGAAGAUACUCAAACAACAUGGAAUGUUUGUGGUUCAGGCAGUAUUUUGUGCUCUAAGGUAGAUGCAGAUGAAAAUUAUGCAUUGUUUGGUGGGAAGGGUGUUGAGGUUAAUGUCUGGGAUCUAAACCAAUGCGCUAAAGUUUGGACUGCGAAAUCUCCACCAAAAAAUAGCCUUGACAUAUUCACCCCAACUUGGUUUACAUCUGCAACUUUCUUGUGCAAAGAUGACCACCGCAAAUUUGUUUCAGGCACUAAUAGUCACCAGGUGCGUCUUUAUGAUAUUGCUGCUCAGAGAAGGCCUGUUAUUGCAUUUGAUUUUUGCGAGACCCCUAUUAAAGCUGUGGCUGAGGAUAUAGAUGGACAUACAAUAUACAUAGGAAACGGGUCAGGGGAUCUUGCUUCUAUUGAUAUACGCACAGGGAAACUUUUGGGAUCCUUCUUGGGGAAAUGUUCUGGAAGUAUAAGAUCUAUAGUUAGGCAUCCAGAGCUGCCGAUGAUAGCCUCAUGUGGAUUGGACAGCUACUUACGCAUUUGGGAUGUCAAGUCACGGCAACUUCUCUCUGCGGUUUUCUUGAAGCAGCAUCUUAGCAGUGUUGUUUUUGAUUCAAAAUUUUCUGCGAGAGAUGCUCAGGUACCUCAGCAACAAGAUCCAGAUGAAACAUUACAGAUGGAAGAGGAGGAAGAGAAGCCGGUUAAAAGGAAGAAGGCAUCAAAAGAACACAGCGGAAGCAAGAAACCAAAGACCAAGAAAAAGAGUAAAAGGUCAAAAGGAGACAGUAGCGAUGCUGCUGCAUAAUCAUUUUGCUUCCUGGACUCCCCGAAGUCUUGAUGACAUGUUACGCCACCAGUUAAGCUAAAGGACCGUAGCAUACACCAGAACACGGUGAGAAUCCGUGACUUGGUUGCAUUUGUAUGUGCAAGUAGAAAAAACACGAAAACUUGAGUGGGUAUUUGCUGAAUGUAAGCGCUAGCUUGUGGUUCAGGAGGGUUUUUUUGUGUUUUAUUUUUUUCCGAAAAAAGAGAGGCAGGCUGAAGUUAGUGCCUGAUCAUCUUGUUUAGUCUUCGUAAUGCUAGAUUAUACAGAUGACGAAAUAUUAUGUAUUCCCAAUCCGAAAGGCAUUUUUGGAAGAGUUUUUCUAUUUUAUAAAGACAAUUGAGUUGGUUAUA